AUCUACUUCACGGACGAGUACGGCGGCUGGAACCGCGUCGCGUCAAAGCCGCGCCGGCCGCUCGGCUCCGUGGUCCUCGGGCGGGAGGGGCAGGGCUCGGAGCUGCUCGCCGACUGCAGCCGCUUCCUCGGCGCCGAGCCUUGGUACGCGGCGCGCGGCAUCCCGUACCGGCGCGGCUACUUGCUGCACGGCCCGCCCGGCACCGGCAAGACGUCCCUCGUCGCGGCCCUCGCGGGAGAGCUGCAGCUCCCCAUCUACGUGGUCUCUCUCUCGAGCGCGCGCUUGACCGACGACUCCUUCGCAGAGGCGCUCGCCGGAGCCGCGCGCCGCUGCGUGCUGCUCCUCGAGGACGCGGACGCCGCCUUCGCGGGAAGGCAGGCCGUCGCCGGGGCUGCGGGUGGGGGGCUCACCUUUUCGGGCCUCCUCAACGGCAUCGACGGCGUCGCGGCGCAGGAGGGGCGCCUGCUCUUCCUCACCACCAACCACGUCGACCGACUCGACGAGGCGCUGCUCCGCCCGGGCCGCGUCGACGUGCGGGUGCCCUUCGAGCGGUGCGGCGGCGAGCAGCUGCGGCGCUACCUGCGCCACUUCUACGGCGAGGGCUCCGACGCCGCCGCCGAGGAGCUCUGCGGCUGCGUGCCUCCCGGGUCGCUCUCCGUCGCGCAGCUGCAGGGCGCUCUCAUGCUCGCACCGCACGACCCGAGGGCGGGGGUCGAGGCGGUGCGCGAGAUGCUCGCGAGCCAGGCGGGGACGUCAAGUGGAAUGGCGUCGGAGAAGGGCAGAGAAGACGCGUCGUAG